AUGAAGUCCUCUACCGCUGCCCUCGUGCUGGGCGUCCUCUCCCCCCUCGCCCUCGCCGCUCCUUUGGACGUCAAGCUCUCUACCGCUUCCGAUUGGACGGCUGAGGAGUGGGAUGCCAUUGUUGUCGGAGCUGGCCCUGCCGGUAUCAUCGUAGCCGACAGGCUGAGCGAGGCGGGCAAGAAGACCCUUCUCCUGGAAGGUGGUGGAAAGUCUUAUGGUGUCACCGGUGGCACGGAAAAGCCUGAGUGGUUGGAGGGCACCGACCUCAGCCGUGUUGACGUCCCCGGUCUUUACAACACCAUCUUCGCUGACCGUGGUAACCUCAUCUGUGGCAACAUUACCACUUUUGGAGGCUGCACCAUUGGUGGCUCGAGUGCCAUCAACGCUGGUCUCUACUUCGAGCCCCCUGCGGCCGACUAUGACUGGUACUUCCCGGAAGGCUGGAAGAGCAAGGAUGUCGAUGCCGCUACUGCUAGGCUGUACGCUAGGCAGCCCCAGCGGGUUGUGACAUCGAAGAACCAGAAGAUGUACAACCAGCAGGGUUAUGAGGCCGCCAAGGACUGGAUUGUGAACAGUGCUGGUUACAAGGAGGUCGAUAUCAACGGCGCAGCUGACCUCAAGGCCGAGGUCUUCGGACACCCCGCAUUCGACUACAACGAUGGCCAGCGUGGUGGCCCUACUACCACCUACCUCCAGACCGCGCUCGGCCGUUCCAACUUCCACCUCGAGAGUGGUGUGAAGGUCCAGCGCGUUGUCCGCGAUGGCAAGAAGGCUACCGGUGUUGUGGCCAAUGUUGAUGGUGCUGAGACCACUAUCAAGCUUGCUGACAACGGCCGUGUUGUGCUCAGUGGAGGUGCCAUCUACAGCCCUCAGAUCCUCAUGUACUCUGCCAUUGGCGACCCGGAGGUUCUUUCCCGCCUUGCAGCUGGCGGUAUCCUCGGCGACGUUACCCCGUCCGAGUGGAUCAACAACACUGCUGUCGGUGAUGGUCUUUUCGACAACCCGAACACCUUCAUUGAGCUCGAGGACGAAAAGGUUCCCGCCUACACUUACCAGUACGACGAGCCCGUGAAGAGCGAUGUCGAGCUCUACCUGAAGGAACGUUCCGGCCCUCUCGCCUUUGCCGGUCAGACUAGCGUCUUCUGGACCUACAUGAACCACACCGACGGCACCUCGACCGGUGUCCAGGGCACCAUCAACACGUUCGGCUACCAGGACUACACGAACAAGAACACGAUCUCGCUGAACGUCUACGGCACGUCGGGCCUGCUGUCCAAGGGCAAGGUGAACAUCGACGAGAACUUCCUGCCCGCGCCCUCAGACGACGUAUAUUACAGUGACGCCGAGAACCGCGACGCCGAGGACAUUGCGCAGUUCAUCUACAACCUCUUCCAGAAGCUGCCCGCGACGGGCCUCAAGCCGCUGAACCUCCCGGCCAACUCGACCAAGGACGAGAUCAAGACGUACAUCACCAAGCCCUCGGCCUACGCCGCCGGCAUGGUCAAUCACUGGAGCAGCUCCUGCCGCUUCGGCUCCUGCGUCGACACCAACGCCCAGGUCAUCGGCACCGACAACAUCCACGUCGUUGACGGCAGCAUCGUCGCCCCUCUCACCGUCAACCCGCAGUUCGGCAUCAUGGUUGCCGCCGAGAGGGCCAGCGAGCUGAUUCUGAAGUUGUAA